GAGCGUGACCCGGGCGUAGCAUGGCGUAUGAAGGCUCCGGGUAACAUCAGGUUCCGGUUACAUCAGCUAGCAUCGGACCGACCGCCCGCCGCUCCCGCGCUCCUCUCCUGCCGCCAGCGACGCCGCCACCAUGGGGUCUCGAAUCAGGGAGAAGCCGGAGUCCACGUUCGAGGUGUUUGUGGAGGUGUACCAUUCGGGCCAGCUCGGCUCAGGGCCAGAAAUCCUCAGGCAGUACCCCGUGGACUACACCGAGCAGGAGACCGUCCAGACUGUGCCCAAGUUCUGCUUCCCGUUCAGCAUGGACAGCCUGAUCUUCAACCAGGUGGGACAGAACUUCACCUUCGUGCUGACGGACAUUGAAAGUAAACAGCGCUUCGGCUUCUGCCGCCUGUCGUCCGGCGCUCACACCUGCUACUGCAUCCUCAGCUACCUGCCCUGGUUCGAGGUCUUCUACAAGCUGCUGAACAUCCUGGCGGACUACAGGGUCAAAGGCCAGGAGAGCCAGUGGGAGGAGCUCCUGGUGUCCCUGCAUACCCUCCCCAUCCCUGAGCCGGGCGUGCCGGUUCACCUGGGCGUGCAUUCCUUCUUCACUGUGCCUGACCCGACAGAACUCCCCAGCAUCCCGGAAAAUAGAAACCUGACCGAGUACUUCGUAGCAGUAGACGUCAACAACAUGCUCCAUCUGUACGCCAGCAUGCUGUACGAGCGCCGAAUCCUCAUCUGCUGUAGCAAACUGAGCACUUUAACCGCGUGUGUCCACGGCUCCGCCGCCAUGCUGUUUCCAAUGCACUGGCAGCACGUCUACAUUCCUGUCCUGCCUCAGCAUCUGCUGGACUACUGCUGUGCCCCGAUGCCCUACCUCAUUGGCGUCCAUUCCAGCCUGAUGGAGAAGGUCCGCGGCAUGGCGCUGGACGACGUGGUCAUCCUGAACGUGGACACCAACAUGCUGGAGACGCCGCACGACGACCUGCAGAGUUUACCCAACGACGUGGUUUCCGCUCUGAAGAGCCGCUUGAAGAAGGUUUCCACGACGACGGGCGUGGGCGUGGCCCAGGCCUUCCUGAAGAGCCAGGCGGCGCUGUUCGGCAGCUACCGGAGCGCUCUGCACAUCGAGUCGGGCGAGCCCAUCACCUUCAGCGAGGACGCCUUCAUUAACCACCGCUCCAGCGCCAUGAGGCAGUUCCUGCACAACGCCAUCCAGCUGCAGCUCUUCAAGCAGUUCAUCGACGGGCGGCUGGACCUGCUGAACUCGGGAGAGGGCUUCAACGACAUCUUCGAGGAGGAGAUCAACAUGGGCGAAUACGCAGGCAGUGAUAAGACCUACCACCAGUGGCUGUUCACGGUCAAGAAAGGGGGCGGGGCUAUCUUCAACACCGUCAAGACGAAGGCAAAUCCUGCCAUGAAGACUGUUUACAAGUUUGCCAAAGACCAUGCAAGGAUGCGUAUCAAGGAAGUGAAGAGCCGGCUGAAGCAGAAGGAGCAGACGGAGAACGGGUUCUCCACGGGGGGCUCGGCGGUGAUCGACGACGAGGGCCUGGCAGGCUUCCACUCCUCGUCCUCCAGCUCCGCCAUGAGGGAGGAGGCGCUGGGGGCCCUGGACGACCACCGGCCCUUCACCGUGCACUUCGGACAUCUGAGCAGGAGCGAGGCUCGGCCUCCGCUGCCGCUGAAGAGACCAAUCAGCAACCUGAGUCUGGAGAACAGCAUCGACCACUCUAUCCGUCCUACUCGCCACUACACCGUCUUUCUGUCGGAGGAUUCGUCCGGAGACGAGCUCCAGUGCGACGAUGACUCCAUCUCUGGGUUUCCCGACAGCUUUCUCUUCUCCGUCCCUUUCGAGUGGUCUCCUCUGCCACAGCCCUACCGCUCCCUGAAGGAGGCCCAGCUGAUUGAGGGGGACGACCUGGGCCUGGGCACAGAGAGCCACACGGCGCCGCCCAGCCCCGUCAACGAGAAGCUCUCCAACAUCAGCCUGCUGGGGGACAUCUUCGGCUGCCAGGACGAGCCCGACGGUCAGCCCGUCACCUCGGCCAAAAGCCUGGAGGACGUGAGGACGGCCAAAGACGCCGAGCUGCAGGCCAAGUUCACCUACCAGCGAAUGGACCUGAGUUCUGGGGAGAACUCGCGGACCCUUCCGGGCCUGAAGCUGUCUGCUCCGUACCACAAGCUGUGGAGUUCGGGUCAGGACGGGGCGGCCCCGUCCCCGUCCCCGUCCCCGUCCCCGUCCGUUCACCCCCCCACACACACACAAGCCCACUCUCCCACCCACGAAAGUGCCGGCGCAGGCCUGGACCCGUUGGAACCCUCCACCCCGGGAAACAUCACCAUCCCCCGUCCUCACGGAAGGAAGACCCCCGAGCUGGGCUCGGUGCUGGCGCCCCCUGUGGGGGGGAGGACUACAUCAGGGGCGCAGGAGUUCAGACAAGCUCUGUCCAUGACUGCGGAGGGAGACCUGCUGAGGCCCCCCCAGGGUGUGGACAGCGUAGACCUGAUCCGCCUUCUGGACCCCCUGAACUCGUCGGCAGACGUCGGUGUCCCGGCCCCCCCGCCCCGGUCGUACCAACAAGGCCUGCCCCCCUUCGGCCUGCACCCCCACAUGUCCCUGAACCCGUUCUCCCAGUCCCUGCAGCACCGCUCGCCCACCGUGGGGGGGAACCCCUUCAACGCGGUCUACAGGGCGCCGCCGGGCUCGUACCUGCCCGGUCCGGCCCGCCCCCAGUCCUUCCCCACGCUGCCGGGCCUGUACCGGCAGCCGUCGCCGGACGGCUCCGGCCUGCCCCGGAACUACGGCCUGCAUCAGGCAGCCUACCCCCCCCCGGGCCCCGCCCCGCCGCCGUCCUCCGCCAGCAGCCACGCCCUCUCCAGCCUCACGGACGCUUCUUGCGUUGUCGGUGCGAAGCCGGCCUGUGCCGAGGCCGCGGACCCCUUCGGAGACCUCCUGACUCUCGCUGCACCGGCCUCGCACGACAAGAAGAAGGUGGAGGACCUGCGGCGCAAGUGGGAGACGUUUGACUGAGAUACGCCCCAUCGCUACACCUCCAUCCCCUGCUCCAUCCACCCCAUCACUACACCUCCAUCCCCUGCUCCAUCCACCCCAUCACUACACCUCCAUCCCCUGCUCCAUCCACCCCAUCACUACACCUCCAUCCCCUGCUCCAUCUAUCCUGUCACUACACCUCCAUCCUCUGCUCCAUCAUGAUCUUCUGUUACUGUGAGCCUCAGCUCUGCUUCAGCAGCCUCGUCUGUUCCUGCUGUCUUCUCUCUUCUCUUGUCUUUCUGUCUUCUGUCUCCUCGUCUCUGUCUUUUCUGUGUCUGGCGCUGUGGAAAGCUGACUGGCUCUCACCAUCAUUACAGACUCAUGCUCGUGCACUGGAUCCCUACCAGGAGUGUUUUUGUUCUUUUCACCAAUGUUUUGACCUCAUGCUCUGAAGGGACUUUCCUUCUUGAAGGGAGAUUAUAGAGUCGGCCAUGGAGAGGGUCGUGGGUCGAGGACUGGGCAGCAUUGGGAGCUGCUGGAUGAACUCCUGUCAGCAGUGGAGCAGGGAAGCCUCAGAGAGGGCAGAGCUUUAAAGAGUGAGGUUUACAGCUCUGACUCGUGUCAAUCUGUGACGACUCGGUGGAAUCAAGUCUCCGCCUUCCUUUGGACUUUCAGAAACUUGACAGUCUUGCAGCGGUGAACAUUUGGAGGGAUUGACAGGAGACUUGACCCUGAAAGUCCCCCAUCAGUACAGUUUUACUGUCACGUUAAAAUGAUUUCAGUGGCUUAAGAACAAGCGUCACGCAGCUUUAUGUUUUACAUUUUAAAAUGAUUACAACAGCAAAUGUCCGAGACACAAAAUGAGUCAUGACUUCGGUUCAUUCACUCGCUUUGAUUUUGACCUUUGAACAUGACCAGUCUGUCUUUUAGCAGAGGGUCCGGCCGUUAACAUGUCUUACUGAGCCGGUGGAUCAGCAGGCGGCUCCACUCCCCCCUCAGACCGGUGCCAAACGGGGGCGCUCGAUUCGCUCACCUCUGAAGGAUUGCCUUCGUGUGUCCCGUCAUUUCAGAUUCUGUCACUUUAAAACAAAACAAAACAAACUCAGGAGGGAAGCACCAUGCUAGCACCUCAUGCUAACCCCUCAUGCUAGCACCUCAUGCUGCCGUUAGAUCCACGCCCGGUAGAUCAGUACUGACUGCAUCCAUCUGAACCGUAUCAACGUGUAGGAUUAGCUUGUGUUAUAUCCAGUAGCUAGUCUGCUGUCGUUGAUGAACAUCUCAGUGACGUUAGUCCUCCAGCUAGAGCAGGCUAGUCCCAGUCCAGUAGUGCGUUCUGGUUCGGUGGCUUCAUUCACUGUGCUUUUUUUUUUCCUGCUUUGUUUUUGUUUUGUUUUUGUUUUUUGUUGUUGUCAGGAUGUGUGAGUGUGUGUGUGCGUGUGUGUUCAGAGGGAUGUAUAUGUGUUGACUACUGGAUUUAAAAUACAGUAAAUAUUUCAGCAUAUCUUCUUAAAGCGAUUAAAAAUGGCUGAGUCUGGA